GUGGAGCGAGCGGAGGGACUGCGCACGGGCCCUGGAGCGCGCAGGGAGCAGACACAGCGGAUCUCGGGCUAGUCAGCUCUGCACAGCCAGCCGGGCACCAUGAACGGCCACGCCUCUCCUCUGGACAUCCUGGUCACCGACAGCACCAAGCCGGCCAGCGUCCCCAAGGCCACGAAGGCCGUGCAGGGAGCAGGCGCGCCCCCCGGGCCGCAGGCCGGGAGCAUCGCUGGGGUGCACGUGGCGGCAUCGGGCCAGACCCUGAGUCUCUAUGCCGCCAUGAAGCAGGGCCUGCUCCCGGAGGGGCUCGGGCUGGCUCUGCUGGAGGCCCAGGCCGCCACCGGGGGCCUCGUGGACCCCGCCCGGGGCCAGCUGCUCCCCGUGUCUGAGGCCCUGCAGCGCGGCCUGGUAGGCCUGGAGCUGAAGGAGAAGCUGCUGGCCGCAGAGCGUGCGGUCACUGGGUACCCUGACCCCUACGGGGGUGAGAAGCUGGCCCUCUUCCAGGCCAUUGGGAAGGAGGUUGUAGACAGGGCGCUGGGGUGGAGCUGGCUGGAGGCCCAGCUGGCCACGGGGGGCCUGAUAGACCCCACCCGGGGAGUGCGCCUGGCCCCAGAGCUGGCCUGCCAGCAGGGCCUCCUGGACCAGGAGACGCAGCGCAGCCUGUCGGAGCGCGAGCCGGCCUUCCUGGACCCCAACACCCUGGAGCGGCUGUCCUACAGUGAGCUGCUGGGCCGCUGCGUGCGGUCCCCCGCCACGGGGCUGGCCCUGCUGCCUCUGCAGACCACCUUCCGCACGCUGGGCGGGGCGGCCAGCUCGGCCGAGCUGCUGGAGGCCGGGAUCCUGGAUGAGGAGACGGCCCGGGGCCUGCAGGAGGGCGCGCUGUCGGUGCAGGAGGUGAGCGCCCGCCCCCAGGUGCGGCGCUACCUGCAGGGCACCGGCGGCGUGGCCGGGGUCGUCCUGCUGCCCGCCGGCUGCAAGAAGAGCUUCUUCCAGGCCGUCGCCGAGCACCUGCUGCCCAUGGGCGCCGCACUGCCCCUGCUCGAGGCUCAGGCCGCCACCUGCGCUCUGGUGGACCCGGCCACGGGCCGGAGGCUCGGUGUGGACGAGGCGGUCAGGGCAGGCCUGGUGGGCCCAGAGCUGCACGGGCAGCUCCUGGAGGCAGAGCAGGCGGUGGCCGGGUUCCACGACCCCUUCAGCGGCACCCGCAUCCCCCUCUUCCAGGCCAUGAAGAAGGAGCUGGUGGGCCGGCCUCUGGCGCUGAGGCUCCUGGAUGCCCAGAUGGCCACGGGCGGGCUCAUGUGUCCGGCCCGCAGGCUCCGGCUGCCCCUGGAGGCCGCCCUGCGCUACGGCUGCCUGGACGAGGAGACGCAGCAGCACCUCUCACGGGCCGCCGGCUUCUCGGACCCCCGCACGCAGGAGAGCCUCAGCUACGGGCAGCUGCUGGCCCGCUGUGUCACUGACCCGGAGACGGGGCUGGCCUUCCUGCCCCUCCCAGGAGAGGCCCGUGGAGAGGAGCCACAGGGACCCCCGUUCAUCGAGCACAGCACCCGGCAGGCCUUGAGCGCGGCCACGGCCGCCGUCUCGGUGUGCGGGCUGCAGGGGAAGCCCGCGUCCCUGUGGGAGCUGCUCUUCUCCGAGGCCGUCCCGGUGGAGCAGAGGGCGGCGCUGGCGCAGCAGCACCAGCGAGGGGCGCUGUCCGUGGAGGAGCUGGCCGCCGUGCUGCGGGCCACCCUGGAGCAGGCCGCGGCCACCGCCAAGACCACCUUCUCUGGGCUCAGGGUCCCCGUGUCGCCCGGGGAACUGCUGAAGGCAGAGAUCAUCGGCCAGGACGUGUAUGAGCAGCUGGCGCGGGGACAGACCACGGCGCAGCACGUGGGCAGCCUGGACUCGGUGCAGAGGUACCUGCAGGGCACCGGCUGCAUUGCCGGCCUGCUGCUGCCUGACUCCCAGGAGCGGCUCAGCAUCUACGAGGCUCAGAAGAAGGGGCUCCUGCGGCCGGGCACGGCCCUCGUCCUCCUGGAGGCGCAGGCGGCCACCGGCUUCCUCAUCGACCCGAAGGAAAACCAGCGGCACUCCGUGCAGGCGGCACUGCAGGCCGGCGUCAUCGGGCCCAGCCUGUUCGCCAAGCUGCUGUCGGCCGAGCGCGCGGUCACCGGCUACACCGACCCCUACACCGGCGAGCGCAUCUCGCUCUUCCAGGCCAUGCAGAAGGACCUGAUCGUCCGCGACCACGGCAUCCGCCUGCUCGAGGCCCAGAUCGCCACGGGCGGCAUCAUCGACCCCGUGCACAGCCACCGGCUGCCCGUGCACGUGGCCUACCAGCGCGGCCUCUUCGACCAGACACUGAACUUGAUCCUGGCGGACCCGAGCGACGACACCAAGGGCUUCUUCGACCCCAACACCCACGAGAACCUCACCUACCUGCAGCUGCUGGAGCGCUGCGUGCGCGACGCCGAGACCGGCCUCUACCUGCUGCCGCUCAGCAGCGAGCGGCCCCAGCUGGUGGACGGCGCCACCCGGCGGGCCUUCCAGAGCCUGCUGCUGCCCACGAGCCACGGGCGCUUCCAGGGGCGGCGGGUGUCGGCGUGGGAGCUGCUCAACUCGGAGUGCUUCAGCGAGGCCCGGAGGCGGCAGCUGCUGCUCCGCUACCGGCGGCGGGAGCUCUCCCUGGAGCAGGUGGCGAGGCUGCUGCGGAGGGAGUCGGCGCGUUGCUGCGCGGACGUCACGCUGCCCACGCUGCGGGGGCGCGUCACCCCUUUCCAGCUCCUGGAGGCCCGCAUCAUCGACCAGGAGCUCCUGGACCGGCUGCUGGCCGGGGCGGUCAGCCCCGAGGCCCUGCUCCGCAUGGACGGCAUCCGCAGGUACCUGCGUGGCUCGGGCGCCGUGGGUGGCGUGCUGCUGCCGUCCUCCAACCGGAGGCUCAGCCUCUACCAGGCCAUGAAGCAGAAGCUGCUGGGGCCGGGCGUGGCCCUGGCGCUGCUGGAGGCCCAGGCGGCCACCGGAGCCCUCGCCGACCCCCAGAGCCUGGAGCGCCUGUCGGUGGAGGAGGCUGUGCGCAGGCAGCUGGUGGGGUCCGAGCUGUAUGCCCAGCUGAGACGGGCUGAACACGCUGUGACCGGCUUCCGGGACCCCUUUUCUGGGGAGCGGGUGUCCCUGUUCCAAGCCAUGAAGAAGGGCCUGGUCCGCGAGGAGCAGGCUGCCCGCCUCCUACAGGCCCAGGUGGCCACAGGAGGGGUCGUCGACCCCGCAGGCCACUACCACCUGCCCAUGUCCACGGCCGCCGAGCGUGGCUACAUUGACCAGGAGACAGAGACAGCCUUGUCCAGCUCCUGCGAGACCUACCCCACGCCAGACGGCCGGGGACACACCAGCUACGUCCAGCUUCUGGGACAGUGUGUGAAGGACGAGGCCUCUGGCCUGUACCUCCUGCCCCUGCAGGAAAGCGCCCCUGCCAUGCCCACAGACGAGCAGGUCCAGGAGACCCUGCAGGCCACUCCGGGGGCCGCAGACGGCAGGUCCCUCUGGGAGCUGCUGGCCUCCUGCCACUUCACGGAGGAGCAGCGGAGGGGCUUCCUGGAGGACUUCCGGGCGGGGAGGACCACCGUGCAGCAGCUGCAGACGGCCGUGCAGAGCUGCCUGCGGGAGGCGGAGCUCCUGGCCCAGGCCCGCGUCGCUGUGCCCGGCCCACGGGGCGAGGUUCCCGCGGUCUGGCUGCUGGACGCCGGCAUCAUCGCCCCGGAGACCCUGGCAGCACUGGCCCGGGGCGAGCAAUCGCCUGCCCAGGUCGCCGAGGAGCCUGCGGUGAGGGCCUGCCUGUGGGGCUCGGGCUGCGUGGCCGGUGUGCUGCUGCAGCCCUCGGGGACCAAGGCCAGCAUCGACCAGGCCGUGAAGGACGGCCUCCUGCCCGAGGGCCUGGGGCAGAGUCUGCUGGAGGCCCAGGUGGCCUCGGGCUCCCUCGUGGACCCCCUGACCGGCCAGAGGCUGUCCGUGGAAGACGCGCUCAAAGCCGGCCUGGUGAGUGGGACGCUGAGCGAGCAGCUCCGGCAGGCGGAGAGGGCCGUGACCGGGUACACGGACCCCUACUCGGGCGGCCGCCUCUCACUGUGGCAGGCCGUGGAGAAGGGGCUCGUGCCCCAGGGCGAGGGCCUCCCGCUCCUGCAGGCCCAGCUGGCCACGGGCGGUGCCGUGGACCCCACCUACGGGGUGCACCUGCCCCAGGCGGCAGCCUGCAAGCUGGGCCUCCUGGACGAGCGGACCAGCCAGGCGCUGACCGGCACCGACGAGGACCGCCGGUUCUUCUUCGACCCCAGCUCGCGGGACAAGGUGACCUACCAGCAGCUCAAAGAGCGCUGUGUCCUUGACGCUGACACCGGCCUGUGGCUGCUGCCCCUGCCCCAGGACGUGGCCCUGGAGGUGGACAAGCACACGGCCGUGGCCCUGAGGGCCAUGAAGGUGCCCGUCGGGGCCGGGCGGUUCAAAGGGCUCACCGUGUCGCUCUGGGACCUGCUGCACUCGGAGUAUGUCAGCGGUCACCGGCGGCGGGAGCUGGCGGCACUCUGCCAGUCCGGGCGGGCCACGGCCCUGCGGCAGGUGGUCAGCACGCUCACCGCCCUGGUCGAGGCCUCGGAGAAGAAGCCCCCGCAGGCUGUCUUCAGGGGGCUCCGGAAGCAGGUGUCGGCCAGCGACCUGUUCAGGUCCCAGGUGAUCGACAAGAAGACGCUGGACGAGCUGAGCCGGGGCGCGAGGACCGUGCAGGAGGUCACGCAGAUGGACAGCGUGCGGCGCUGCUUAGAAGGAGGCAACUUCAUCGCCGGGGUCCUCGUCCAGGCCACCAAGGAGAGGAUGAGCGUCUCUGAGGCCCUGAGCAGGCGCAUCCUGCGGCCCGGCACGGCCCUGGUGCUACUGGAGGCCCAGGCGGCCACGGGCUUCCUCAUCGACCCCGUGGCCAACCGCAGGCUGACCGUGGAGGAGGCCUUCGCGGCAGGGAUGUUUGGGAAGGAGACCUACCAGAAGCUGCUGUCGGCCGAGCGCGCGGUCACCGGCUACACCGACCCCUACACCGGCGAGCCCAUCUCCCUCUUCCAGGCCAUGCAGAAGGACCUGAUCGUCCGAGACCACGGCAUCCGCCUGCUGGAGGCCCAGAUCGCCACGGGCGGCAUCAUCGACCCCGUGCACAGCCACCGGCUGCCCGUGGAGGUGGCCUACGAGCGCGGCUACUUCGACGAGGAGAUGAACCGCGUCCUGGCGGACCCGAGCGACGACACCAAGGGCUUCUUCGACCCCAACACCCACGAGAACCUCACCUACCUGCAGCUGCUGGAGCGCUGCGUGGAGGACCCCGAGACCGGCCUGUACAUGCUACAAAUUGUGAAGAAAGGAGAGCCGUACGUGUACAUCGACGAGGCCACGAGGCGGGCCCUGCGGUUGCAGACCGUGACCAUGCGUGUGGGGAGGUUCGCGGGUCAGAGCGUGUCCGUCUGGGACCUGCUGUCCUCUCAGUACUUCACGGAGGACCGGCGGCGGGAGCUGGUCCAGCAGCACCGAGCCCAGGCCCUGAGUCUGCAGCAGCUGCUGGAGAUCGUCACCGCCACGGUCGAAGAGACAGAGGAGCAACACCAGGCCAUCAAGGUGCCGGGGAUCGGCGGGGACGUGACGGCCGCAGACCUGUUCAACGCGGGCAUCAUCGACAGGAAGAGCCUGGACGCGCUGCGCGGGGGACAGGCGCUCGGCGGCCUGGAGCACGUGAAGACCUACAUAGAAGGCAGUGGCUGCAUCGCGGGCGUGACCGUCCCCUCCACGCAGGAGGUGAUGAGCGUCUACGAGGCCAGCGCCAGGGGACUCAUCCCCACGGGGUUCGCAGCCCUGCUGCUGGAGGCCCAGGCGGCCACAGGGUUCAUGCUGGACCCCCACACCCACCGGAGGCUCUCCGUGGACGAGGCCGUGGCCUCCGGCCUGGUGGGCGAGGACCUGCAGAACAGGCUCCGGGACGCCGAGAAGGCUGUCAAAGGCUACCCGGACCCCGACACGGGGCGCACGCUCCCGCUGCUGCAGGCCAUGGAGAGGAAGCUGGUGGACAGGGAGGCGGCGCUGAGACUGCUGGAGGUGCAGGUGGCCACCGGGGGCGUUGUGGACCCGUGGCACCACCACCGGCUCCCGCUGGACGCGGCCUGCGGGCGCGGCUGUCUGCGCCGGGACAUGUACCCGCUCGUGUCCGACCAGAAGCUCAUGAAGAAGAGGUUUGUGGAUCCCAACACACACGAGAAGGUGACGUACAAGGAGCUUCAGGACAGAAGCCUCCAGAAAGGGGUGGGGGGCUGGACGCUGUUCCCCGUGACGCGCGACGAGAAGGAAUCCCCGUACGUGGACGAGGCCACGCGCAGGGCCCUGGAGACCGAACGGGUGGAGGUCACGGUCGGCCGGUACAAGGGACAGAGGCCCUCGGUGUGGGAGCUGCUGAACUCAGAAUACGUCACCGAGGAGAAAAAACUGGAGCUGGUGGGAAGCUACAAGAGAGACACGAAGCGUGCCCUGGACAAGGUGGUGGAAAACAUCUUCGUGAUGAUCGAGGAGAAAGAGAAGGGCAGCAGGCAGCUGUGGUUCCGAGGCAUCAGGAGGCAGGUGACGGCCUCCGAGCUCUUCCAGUCGGCCAUCAUCACCAAGGAGACGCUGGAGAAACUCGAGGAGGGACAGAGUUCCGUGGAAGACGUCAAGCAGGACGAGGCCGUGCGGCGCUACCUGGAGGGCACGAGCUGCAUCGCCGGCGUGCUGGUGCCCGCCAGGGACGACCCCGCCAGGCAGGAGAAGAUGAGCGUCUACCAGGCCAUGUGGAAGGGCCUGCUGCGGCCCGGCACGGCCCUGGUGCUGCUGGAGGCCCAGGCGGCCACGGGCUUCCUCAUCGACCCCGUGCGCAACCAGCGGCUGUCCGUGGACGAGGCGGUGGCCGCGGGCGUGGUGGGCGGCGAGAUCCGCGACAAGCUGCUGUCGGCCGAGCGCGCGGUCACCGGCUACACCGACCCCUACACCGGAGAGUCCGUCUCCCUCUUCCAGGCCAUGCAGAAGGACCUGAUCGUCCGCGACCACGGCAUCCGCCUGCUGGAGGCCCAGAUCGCCACGGGCGGCAUCAUCGACCCCGUGCACAGCCACCGGCUGCCCGUGGAGGUGGCCUACGAGCGCGGCCUCUUCGACGAGGAGAUGAACCGCGUCCUGGCGGACCCGAGCGACGACACCAAGGGCUUCUUCGACCCCAACACCCACGAGAACCUCACCUACCUGCAGCUGCUGCGCCGCUGCGUGCGGGACCCCGACACGGGGCUGUUCGUGCUGCAGCUGGCCCGCCAGGGCUCCGCCCUGCAGCAGCUGAGCGAGGAGCUGCGCCGCGCCCUGCGGGACGUGCGCGUCUCCCUGCCGCCGGGGGCGGGCGCCGCCGAGGGCCAGGACGUGUCCGUCUGGGAGCUGCUCUUCUACCGGGAGGUGUCCGAGAGCCUGCGGCAGGAGCUGCUGGUCGGGUACCGGGCGGGCAGGCUGAGCGCGCAGGAGCUGGGCGCCUCGCUCACCGCGCUGCUGGCCGGGGCCUCCGCGGCCGCGGACCCUCCACCCGCCCUGCGAGCCGCCACCAUGGAGGUCAGGGUGGGCCGCCUGCGGGGCCCGGCCGUGCCCGUGUGGGACGUGCUGGAGUCCGGCUACGUGAGCGCCGACAGGAGGGAGCAGCUGCUGGCCCAGUUCCGCUCGGGGGCGCUGGGGCUGCCCGCGCUGACCCGCCGGCUGACCACCAUCAUCGAGGAGGCCGAGGAGGCCCAGGAGGCGCAGGGCGAGCGGCGGGAGCAGGGGGACCCGGGCCAGCAGGGGCACGGUGAGGGCGGGGCCGCCAGGCACCCUCGGGAGCAGGAGCUGCGUGCCGCCACCAUGGAGGUGUGCGCAGGGCGGUUCCGCGGGCGGCCGGUGUCCGUGUGGGACGUCCUGUGCUCCUCCUACCUGACCCAGGCCCGCCGGGAGGAGCUCCUGGCCCAGCUGGAGGCCGGCGCCCUGGCCCUGCCCGGCCUGGUGACCAUCCUCGCCCAGGUCGUGGAGGAGACGGAGGAGCGCCUGAGCAAGGUGUCCUUCCGGGGCCUGCGGCGCCAUGUGUCCGCGGCCCAGCUGGGCUCGUCCGGGGUGCUGGACCCCGAGACCCUGCGGGGCCUGGCCCAGGGCACCAAGAGCCCCCAGGAGGUGCUGAAGAUGGACUCGGUGCGGCGCUACCUGGAGGGCACGAGCUGCAUCGCCGGCGUGCUGGUGCCCGCCAGGGACGACCCCGCCAGGCAGGAGAAGAUGAGCGUCUACCAGGCCAUGUGGAAGGGCCUGCUGCGGCCCGGCACGGCCCUGGUGCUGCUGGAGGCCCAGGCGGCCACGGGCUUCCUCAUCGACCCCGUGCGCAACCAGCGGCUGUCCGUGGACGAGGCGGUGGCCGCGGGCGUGGUGGGCGGCGAGAUCCGCGACAAGCUGCUGUCGGCCGAGCGUGCGGUCACCGGCUACACCGACCCCUACACCGGAGAGUCCGUCUCCCUCUUCCAGGCCAUGCAGAAGGACCUGAUCGUCCGCGACCACGGCAUCCGCCUGCUGGAGGCCCAGAUCGCCACGGGCGGCAUCAUCGACCCCGUGCACAGCCACCGGCUGCCCGUGGAGGUGGCCUACGAGCGCGGCCUCUUCGACGAGGAGAUGAACCGCGUCCUGGCGGACCCGAGCGACGACACCAAGGGCUUCUUCGACCCCAACACCCACGAGAACCUCACCUACCUGCAGCUGCUGCGCCGCUGCGUGCGGGACCCCGACACGGGGCUGUUCGUGCUGCAGCUGGCCCGCCAGGGCUCCGCCCUGCAGCAGCUGAGCGAGGAGCUGCGCCGCGCCCUGCGGGACGUGCGCGUCUCCCUGCCGCCGGGGGCGGGCGCCGCCGAGGGCCAGGACGUGUCCGUCUGGGAGCUGCUCUUCUACCGGGAGGUGUCCGAGAGCCUGCGGCAGGAGCUGCUGGUCGGGUACCGGGCGGGCAGGCUGAGCGCGCAGGAGCUGGGCGCCUCGCUCACCGCGCUGCUGGCCGGGGCCUCCGCGGCCGCGGACCCUCCACCCGCCCUGCGAGCCGCCACCAUGGAGGUCAGGGUGGGCCGCCUGCGGGGCCCGGCCGUGCCCGUGUGGGACGUGCUGGAGUCCGGCUACGUGAGCGCCGACAGGAGGGAGCAGCUGCUGGCCCAGUUCCGCUCGGGGGCGCUGGGGCUGCCCGCACUGACCCGCCGGCUGACCACCAUCAUCGAGGAGGCCGAGGAGGCCCAGGAGGCGCAGGGCGAGCGGCGGGAGCAGGGGGACCCGGGCCAGCAGGGGCACGGUGAGGGCGGGGCCACCAGGCACCCUCGGGAGCAGGAGCUGCGUGCCGCCACCAUGGAGGUGUGCGCAGGGCGGUUCCGCGGGCGGCCGGUGUCCGUGUGGGACGUCCUGUGCUCCUCCUACCUGACCCAGGCCCGCCGGGAGGAGCUCCUGGCCCAGCUGGAGGCCGGCGCCCUGGCCCUGCCCAGCCUGGUGACCAUCCUCGCCCAGGUCGUGGAGGAGACGGAGGAGCGCCUGAGCAAGGUGUCCUUCCGGGGCCUGCGGCGCCAUGUGUCCGCGGCCCAGCUGGGCUCGUCCGGGGUGCUGGACCCCGAGACCCUGCGGGGCCUGGCCCAGGGCACCAAGAGCCCCCAGGAGGUGCUGAAGAUGGACUCGGUGCGGCGCUACCUGGAGGGCACGAGCUGCAUCGCCGGCGUGCUGGUGCCCGCCAGGGACGACCCCGCCAGGCAGGAGAAGAUGAGCGUCUACCAGGCCAUGUGGAAGGGCCUGCUGCGGCCCGGCACGGCCCUGGUGCUGCUGGAGGCCCAGGCGGCCACGGGCUUCCUCAUCGACCCCGUGCGCAACCAGCGGCUGUCCGUGGACGAGGCGGUGGCCGCGGGCGUGGUGGGCGGCGAGAUCCGCGACAAGCUGCUGUCGGCCGAGCGUGCGGUCACCGGCUACACCGACCCCUACACCGGCCAGCCCGUCUCCCUCUUCCAGGCCAUGCAGAAGGGCCUGAUCGUCCGCGACCACGGCAUCCGCCUGCUGGAGGCCCAGAUCGCCACGGGCGGCAUCAUCGACCCCGUGCACAGCCACCGGCUGCCCGUGCAGGUGGCCUACGAGCGCGGCCUCUUCGACGAGGAGAUGAACCGCGUCCUGGCGGACCCGAGUGACGACACCAAGGGCUUCUUCGACCCCAAUACCCACGAGAACCUCACCUACCUGCAGCUGCUUCAGAAGGCUACUGUUGACCCUGAAACAGGCCUCUUAUUUCUUUCUCUUUCUCAGAAAUAAAAAAACUGUUUGUGUUAGUUUUCACCUGUCAAAGGAUCUUACUCUGCCCAGAGGGGUCUAAAAUUACCUUGAACAUAAUGUUUCUUGUUUUGUACAUUUGACAUUGUUUGUUUUCCUCUACUCCCAGAGGCUUGGGUCUUUCCUUUCCAUUAAAAUAAUCAUGUGUCAUCUCGGUGCCAUCUGGGUACUUUUGCAGUUCUCCCUUGGGUAUUCAACAUAUUUUUAUCUGACAGAACAUUGGCCGUUGGUCAGCAUUGAUAAACUCUGCUGCCCUUACAUCAAAGGACUCUUCUCCUUGGCCCUGGUCCCUGUGGCUUCUUUGGUUGUAGAGUCUUCCUGCAACCAAGGGCUUGUGGUUGGCUUCCUGGUCAGAGCUUUGGCGUGGGUUGUGUGUGGGUUCCGUCCCUCGAUCCAGACACCUGUGGUGCCCUGGGUGAAGGAGGCAACCAACCAGUCAGUGCUUCUGUUUCGUUGAGGUUUAUCCCUCUCUCUGAAAGCAAUGAAAAAUGUCCUCAUGUGAGAAUUAUUUCAAAACAUGUUUUGAAAGAACUCUUUUUCUUGGCACCUCCACCUAUCACACUGAAGUGUAUACAUCAUUCUGUGUGUUCCAGUUUUUAUUAAAUGCAUUCCUUUC